CACACACACAGAUUUAUCAACUGGGCCCCCAUCCUUUCCCACACACACCCUGUGAAAAGAAAAAAAAUUGUGUAAACCGCGAACCCCGUGAAAAUGUGUAAAUCGUGAAAUCUUACCCAUUUCUGCAUUUAAAUACCUUCCCCCAUUCUCACAAAAUUCUCUCGUCCUAACCACAUCGGAUUCUAUAUCUCACAACACAAAAAUCCAACAAAAAACACACACACAAAUCCGAUGGCGUCGGUGCUGGGGAGAGUAGAUCUGGACGGAAGCGUGAUAAAGCCAAUGACUAUAUGUAUGAUUGGCGCCGGCGGUUUCAUUGGCUCGCACUUGUGUGAGAAGCUUAUGAAUGAAACGCCUCACACUGUGUUAGCUGUUGAUGUUUAUAGUGACAAAAUCAAACACUUACUUGAACCCGACUCUCUUCCUUGGGCCGGUCGCAUUCAGUUUCAUCGCUUGAACAUCAAAAAUGAUUCCCGUCUUGAAGGACUCAUCAAGUGCUCCGAUCUGACUAUAAAUCUAGCGGCUAUUUGCACUCCGGCUGAUUACAAUACUCGUCCACUUGACACGAUCUACAGCAAUUUUAUCGAUGCACUCCCUGUGGUUAAGUACUGCUCAGAGAACAACAAAAGGCUCAUUCACUUCUCAACUUGUGAAGUAUAUGGGAAAACAAUAGGCAGCUAUCUUCCAAAAGACAGUCCGUUACGACAGGAUCCUGCUUAUUAUAUUCUCAAAGAAGAUACUUCCCCUUGCAUAUUUGGCUCAGUUGAGAAGCAGAGAUGGUCAUAUGCAUGUGCUAAACAGUUGAUAGAGAGGCUAAUAUAUGCUGAGGGUGCGGAGAAUGGUCUCGAGUUCACCAUAGUAAGACCUUUCAAUUGGAUUGGCCCAAGAAUGGAUUUCAUUCCUGGGAUUGAUGGUCCCAGUGAAGGUGUUCCAAGGGUUCUUGCAUGCUUCAGCAAUAACCUUCUGAGACGAGAGCCUCUCAAGCUUGUGGAUGGUGGUGAAUCACAAAGAACCUUUAUCUACAUCAAGGAUGCUAUUGAAGCUGUUCUUCUGAUGAUUGAAAAUCCAGCCAGAGCUAGUGGCCAUAUCUUCAACGUGGGAAACCCUAACAAUGAAGUUACUGUUAGACAACUUGCUGAAAUGAUGACUCAGGUAUAUUCGAAAGUAAGUGGAGAAGAUUCAAUAGAAACUCCCACCAUUGAUGUCAGCUCAAAAGAGUUUUAUGGGGAAGGUUAUGAUGACAGUGACAAAAGAAUUCCAGACAUGACCAUCAUAAACAAACAAUUAGGUUGGAAUCCGAAGACAUCACUUUGGGACUUGCUGGAAUCCACACUUACAUAUCAACACAGGACAUAUGCUGAAGCCAUCAAGCAAGCUAUUGCAAAACCAGCUGCAAACUAAAAGCACAAAGACUAAAGGAUUCUGGUUCUGUCAUGUAGUUCCUGCAUAGUGUGAGCUUCAGCUGUCGUUUUGGUUCUUUUUCAAAGUUUAUCUUUCUUAUAUGUCUUUUCAUGUCAACUGUGUAGUUCCACGGUUGCCAAGAAAUCUGUACCUCUAAUGUGUUAGUAAAGUCCAAUGAACUCUGCCUGUAUUUUACUGUGUAUGACCAGAGUAUUGGUAUAAUACCAACUUUUCCUUGGCUUGUGUGAAGGAGUGCUCUGUUUUGCUCGCCAUAGUUUCAUCUCCCUCUUCCUGCAAUGGUUGGGGUCUCUUGUAUUCUUUUUAGAUUUAAAUUAUUAUUUUAUUUGUGCUAUAAUUUAUUAUUUAUUUGAUCUUAUUCUUCUAA